AUGUUACAUAGAUUAUAUACAAAAAUUCUUAACAAUAAAGUAUGUGACUUUAAAAUAACAUCAAAGAGAUGUUCUGCAUUGUUUAUUAAUGGUCCAAAGGCAACUGAUAGUUUCGUUUAUGUUACACCUUAUAUAGAUUUUAAUGACCGUUUGAAAGAAAAAGAUAUAAUCCAAGCUGAUAUAGAAAAACGUAAAAUGCAAUUUGAUUUAUUAAAACUUGAGAACCUUUGGUCUGUGUACGAAGAGUUGAAAACAAGAAAAAUGGGAUAUGAUAGCAGAAAGCAAGAAGUAUCUAAAGAAUUGGAAGAAUUGCUGAAAUGUAAACAGGAGGGAGACCAUGUUGAUAAAUUAAAAAUACAAGUGCAUUUGUUAAAAGAAAAUAUAAGGAAAUUAAAAGAACCACUAUGGUCGGCAGAGGAGGCAGCUAUGAUAGAAGCAUUAAAACUGCCUAAUAUAUUGCAUAAUUUAACACCUGACAUAGAUAACAAAAUUAUAUUUGAACAUGGCUUGAAACCUGUCAAUGACAAAGAUCAUCUUAAAAUUGGUAAAGAUAGAAAUUUAAUACAUUUUACAAAAAAUGAAAACUAUUAUCUCAAAGGUGAUGCAGCAUUAUUUGAAUUGGGAGCUAAAUUUUACUUCAGCAAAGUUUUGAAAGAAAACAAUUACACCCAGUUCUCCAAUCCAGACUUUUCUAAGAGCUUAAUAAUAGAAGGCUGCGGUGAAGAUCACACAAAUUCUGAUUCUACUUUCAUAUUGCACCACAAUGAGGACAAUAAAGUCAAUAUUGAUAGCCGCCUGCACUUGACCGGAGGUGGUUCUCUAUAUUCCUUCUUUGCAUAUCAUGCAAAAAAUGUCCUGUAUGCUAAAGUGUUGCCAUUAACAUAUUUUAGUAUGGGUAGACAAUACAUACCUUCACCGACCGAUGAGGACAACUUAUAUCAUGUAAGCCAGAGUUCUGUCAUUCAAUUAUUCAAUGCUACAAGGAAUGAAACAGAACUUAAUGAAAUGCUUAAUAAUGUUAUUGAUUUAAUAAAAAAAUUAUAUACUCCACUUAACUACCACUACAGGUUAAGUUUUGUUGCUGCAACAAAAUUGAAUGCAUGGGAGUCAUUACGUUUAGUAAUAGAAAUGUAUUCUAGCUCUCAGAAAAAAUAUAUGGAAGUCGGUAAUAUUUCUCUGAGUGGUGACUUUAUUAGCAAAAGACUUAUGUUCACAUAUACUGAAGAAAAACAAAGCAAGUUCCCCCAUAUCUUAUCUGGCUCAAUAUUAAAUGUACCGAAAUUAUUAGCUUGUGUUUUAGAGCAAGAUGAUGAAUUUGUUCUUCCCAAACAGUUCGGUAUUGAAAAUUAGUGUACCAUUAAUACAGCAGAAUAUUAUUCUUAAAUAAAAGGUCCUUGUUAAUUAUAAA